AUGAUCCUCUUUCAAAAGGUUUUUACCGGCUAUGGCGCUGUUUCGUCUGUCUUUGACGGCGAGCCGAGUGUGCAUGCAGUCCCUGUUCUACGCGAUGCACGAGUGAUACCUGCAUACGUCUCCGCUGCGACUGCGGUUCUUCUUUUGGGUCACAGUCUCGUACGGCGGUUCUUCAAGAAGUCCGUUCCGGUCUACGUAUCGGAGCAUGGCCGGACGACCAUACUGACGUACAACCUUGCCCGUCUGGCUUCUAUACUGGGUCUGCUGGGUCUAGCGAUCACCAGUCUCGUACGCAGCGCUUCUCAAUACUCAGUAAUCGUUCACGCCAUCGACUGUGCCGUCUACGGAUACGCCGCUCUCCUCUCGCUCGUCACUAUACUUGCGAAGGGCCCAGUCACCCGCGGCGCAUCUCCGGCGUUGACCAUUACACUCCUCACCGCGUUCUGCGUCUACGCGUACCGGGACUUAUGGCCGCUGAUGACCUUCACCCUGGAACCCGCCGACCUCGAAGACGGUAACCUUCUCUGGGCCAAGAUUGCAUUGCUGGCGUACGCCGGAGUGCUCAUACCAAUCUCCAUGCCACGCACAUACGAGCCCUACAACCCUUCGGAGCCCUCCGCAGAGCCAGCCGCAGAACAAACAGCGUCCAUAGCCUCAAUGGUCACGUUCUGGUUCAUGGAGCCCCUCGUCUUCCUAGCCUACCGUCUCCCGCGACUUCCGUACGACCAGAUUCCGCCUCUGGCGGACUAUGAUUGGGCAAAGAAUCUUGUCGAUAGGAGUGCUAAGCAUCUGGAUGUGUAUGCGGGUGCGCCGAAGAGGCAUUUGUUCUUCGGUCUUAUGCGCGUGUUUGCAUUUGAGUAUACCAGCGUGGCGUUGAUGAUCGUGCUCCGUGCGGUCACGGCUUUCAUUGCGCCUCUCGGCAUGAAACAGCUACUAGGCUUUCUUGAAACGGGCGGAGAGGAUGCACUCGUCCGUCCAUGGGCAUGGAUCGUCUUGCUUUGCCUCGGGCCCUUCCUCAAUACACUCGCUAUGCAGUGGUACACGUACAACACCACCGCAGUCGUCAUGCGCGGCGAGGCCAUCCUCACUGAGCUUGUCUUCCAACAUGCACUCCGCGUUCGUAUGAAGGCCGAGACCAAGAGCGAAGACGACGAACUGAAGUGGAAGGAGGCUGAUAACCUCGUUGGCAAGAUUACGAACUUGGUCACAACCGAUGUAGACAACAUCGUCGACGCUCGAGACUUCCUCACGCUCGUGCUUCUCACGCCUCUGCACAUCGCAUUCUCUAUCUGGAUGCUCUACGACCUUCUCGGCUGGAGCUCCUUCGUCGGUGUAGCGGUCAUGCUCGCCUUCCUCCCCAUCCCCGGCGCGAUCGCGAAGAACAUCCAACGUGUCCAGCGCGAGGUUAUGAAGCGGACGGAUGCCCGCGUUCAGGUUGUGACCGAGAUGAUGAACAUCAUCCGCUCUGUGAAGCUCUUCGGCUGGGAAGGCAAGAUCGGACAGCUUGUGUACGAUAAACGCGAGGAUGAGCUCCAUUGGAUGUAUAGGCGGGAGUUCUUGACUUUGGGCAACAUGCUCGUGAACUAUGUCGCGCCUAUCAUCGUGAUGGUGGCUUCUUACGGCGCUUACACCGUUCUCAUGAAGGCGAACCUUACUCCAUCGAUCGUGUUUUCCUCCAUGGUUGUAUUCGACCUGCUGCGUGACCAGCUGAAGCUCGUUUCGCGCUUCACGCCACUCGUUGUCAAAGCCAAAGUCUCCCUGGACCGCGUCAACGCCUUUCUGCACACCACUGAGCUUCUUGAUGAGUACAGCGCACAUCUCGAGAGUCCGACCAACGCUUCAGCGCCAGACGCCACCGUCCUCGGCAUACGCAACGGACAGUUCACCUGGUCGUACGACGACACCCCAAACGGCAUAAGCACCCCUUCAUCCUUUCGUUUCUCUCUCCGCAUCCCAGACGAGCUCAUCUUCAAGCGCGGCGCAUUCAACAUAGUCGUCGGGCCUACUGGUUGUGGGAAGACGAGUCUCCUCAUGGCUCUACUCGGCGAGAUGCACUUCUCGCCGAUGGGUCCAGACUCAUGGGUCAAUCUUCCCCGUGCGGGAGGUGUGGCGUAUGCGGCGCAGGAGUCGUGGGUGCAGAACGAGACUAUUCGGGAUAACAUCGUAUUCGGUGCACCGUUUGACGAAGAACGCUACAACAAAGUGAUCUACCAAUGCGGCCUCAAACGCGACCUCGAACUCUUCGAAGCCGGCGAUAAGACCGAAGUCGGCGAGAAGGGCCUCACCCUGAGUGGUGGCCAAAAAGCGCGCGUUACCCUCGCGCGCGCUAUCUACUCCUCCGCCGAGACGCUCCUCUUGGACGACGUCCUAUCUGCUCUGGACGUUCAUACUGCGCGCUGGAUUGUUGAUAACUGUUUCAAGGGAGAUCUUGUGCGCGGACGUACGGUUGUUCUGGUGACCCACAACGUCGCAUUGGUCGGCAACCUCGCCGACUACGUCGUCUCGCUCAACAAUGGCACUGUCGUCCACCAUGGGAAGCCAGACGAGACGAUCGAGAAGGAUGAACUGCUCCUAGAGGAGGUCACCGAAGGCGUGGAGGUGAUGGAGAAGGCUGAUCAGGCCGUCGACGGCCAUGUCCCCGAAGUCAAGGACGACUCGAACGCGGGCAAGCUUAUCCUUGCCGAAGAGGUCGAGGAAGGUCGUAUCUCGUUGUCUGCGUGGAAUAUCUUCUUCGGUAACCUUGGUGGGAACCACAGCGUAUCCUUCUGGGCAGUCUUCCUAGGGUUCCUUACUUUGAGUCAAGUAUUGAGCUCCGGACAAGCAUACUUUAUGGGCGUUUGGUCAGAGCAGUACGAUCGGCGACCUGCCAACGAGGUCAAUGCUGCAUACUACUUGGGCAUCGUCGUGCUCAUCCUAUUCGGCUCGUGCCUUACAUAUGCCGGCGGCAACUACUCCUACAUCUUCGGUAUCAUCCGCGCCGUUCGUGUCAUUCACCGUGACUUGAUCGAGUCGGUCUUGGGCACAACGCUACGCUGGCUGGAUACUACACCCGUAUCCCGCAUCAUCACUCGCUGUACCCAAGACAUCCGCGCUGUCGAGACGAUCACAGCGCACGAGUUUCAGUUCUUGCUGGAAGUGACGCUCAGCAUGAUCAUCAAGCUCGGCGCUGUAGUCAUUCUCACGCCCAUCUUUCUCAUUCCGGGCGUCCUCGUCGCAGUGCUGGGUGGGUGGAUCGGACAAGUGUAUCUGGCUGCGAAUAUGUCCGUCAUUCGGGAGAUGAACAAGGCGAAGUCUCCCGUUCUGGGACACUUCGGUGCUGCUAUUGCUGGACUGGUGUCUAUUCGAGCUUACGGAUCUCAACAUGCAUUCCACCUCGAGCUCCACAAGCGAAUCGACCACUACAACCGGGCCGUUCGGACCAUGUACAACGUCAACCGCUGGGUCGGCAUUCGCAUCGAUGGGUGUGCUCUCGUAUUCGAGGCUGCCGUCGCCGCCUAUCUGGUGUAUGGACCAGGGCACGAGAAGAUCUUACCGUCUCAGGUCGGCUUCUCGCUGACUAUGGCUGUCGGAUUCAGCAGUCUCAUUCUGUGGUGGGUGCGCAUCUUCAACGCGAUGGAGAGCAACGCCAACUGUCUUGAACGCCUUCGCGCCUACAUGACUAUCGAGCAAGAGCCCAAACCCGUCGAGGAGAAGACGCCUCCCGCCUCAUGGCCCUCGAGCGGCUCGCUCACUGUCGAAAAGCUCUCGGCGCGCUACUCUUCCGACGGACCCCGCGUUCUGCACGAGAUCAGCUUCGAAGUGAAGUCCGGCGAGCGUGUCGGUAUUGUCGGACGCACGGGUAGCGGCAAGAUUUCCCUCACACUGUCUCUGCUCCGUUGCAUCUUCAACGAGGGCUCGGUGUUCUACGACGGUCUCGACACGGCGAACAUCAACCUCGACAGGCUUCGCUCGAGCAUCACCAUCAUCCCGCAAGUGCCGGAGUUGUUGAGCGGUACUCUCCGUGAGAACCUGGAUCCGUUCAGCGAGCACGACGAUGCGACACUCAACUCGGCGCUCCGCGCUGCCGGCCUGUUCUCGCUGCAGAAGGACGACGAUGAGAACCGGAUCACGCUCGACUCGCAGAUCUCUAGCGGAGGCGGGAACUUGUCCGUCGGUCAGAGGCAGAUCCUUGCGCUUGCUCGUGCGCUUGUACGCGGGAGCAAGCUCCUGAUUCUCGAUGAGGCGACGAGCAGCAUCGACUAUGAGACGGAUACCAUCAUCCAGAAGUCUCUGAGGAACGAGCUUGGUGGUGAUGUCACCCUGCUCACCGUCGCGCAUCGCUUGCAGACCAUCAUGGACGCGGACAAAAUUAUGGUUCUUGACGCUGGUCGCAUCGUCGAAUAUGACGAGCCCGGGGCUCUGCUCCAGAAAGAGACCGGCUACUUCAAGGCUCUCGUUGAUGAAAGCGGGGACAAGGAGGCGUUGUACACAAUGGCGAGAAUGAAGAGCGACUAA